GUCGUAGCAGCAUUGGUAGUUCUUGGCGCAACCACAGAGGUCGCGUUCGGCGAUCGACAAGAGCGCCCUCGCGUGACUCAUGGUUAUCGCCAUCGCUGUGGCAGUUCCAAGCCAGGAGCCAAUGUACAAAUAUGGCUGGACCCGAAAUUUCGCAAAAUGCUCAAAUUUACCCACAUUUGGAUGCCGCUGCGGAACCCCCAUCGAAACGGAUGCGUACGUGCGACGACGUCUGUGAGCCCCCGAGUGCCCCCGACCGCCUGAAUGAGGUGGGAGAAGCGGUGUCAUCAGAUAAUGGCGACUCAGGAUUCCACGAUAUUGGUGGCCGCUGCGAUGAUUCGUCGGCCAGCGAAUGUGACGAUGUCGCUGUUCCAGGCCCUGUCAGCGAGCCCAGCAGCGACGGCAGCCUUAUCAGUGACACUAGCAGCGGGGGUGUUGACUCCGUGCACGCCCUUAGGAGUACGCGCGACCCACUCGCAUGGAUAGCGGCCCGUAUGCAGGCAGGCGUUGAUCCUCGCCCUUUGCUCGAGCAGCUCCUACCACCCAACGUGCGUCUACCGAACACCAUUGAGCGGAUGACUAUGUGGGACAUUAUCAUAGAUUUACUAGGUGAAGAGGAAGAGUUCCACAAGCCACCAAGACAAAGGCUUCCAGAUGUGUCAACAAUGGAAGAUGCCCUUCGUCUGCUGUCAACUUGUAAAAGGAUAGUGGUGCUCACUGGGGCCGGGGUAUCCGUGUCCUGCGGCAUCCCUGACUUCCGGUCAAAAAACGGUAUAUAUGCGCGUCUGCGACGCGAUUUCCCCUCGCUUCCCGAUCCACAAGCCAUGUUCGACAUGCGAUUUUUCCGACGAGAUCCUCGGCCGUUUUUCAAAUUUGCGCGGGAAAUCUAUCCGGGCCAGUUCGAACCAUCGGCAUCUCACUACUUCAUUCGAGGUCUUGAGCAGCGGGGUCGGCUUUUGCGGAAUUACACGCAGAAUAUCGACACUCUUGAGUACGCCUGUGGGCUGGAGCGUGUUAUUGCUUGCCAUGGAGGCUUCUUAACAGCGACGUGUACGAGAUGUGGCUACCAGGUUGAUUGUGAAGCAAUUCGUGAAGAUAUUUUUGCGCAAAGAGUACCUCUCUGUCCCCGAUGUCCACAACCUGAAGUCCAGCAUUGGGAACAGUCAGAGCUGGAAAGCCCGAACGGUGAUGCGAGUAUCGAUUCGGACCUCGAGUCUGCCUAUAUGCGCUCUGGACCAAACCAAAUGGCUGUAAUGAAGCCGGACAUCGUGUUCUUCGGCGAGGGUUUGCCGGAGGAGUUCCACGAACUUAUCGCUGAGGAUAAGGACACUGCCGACCUUCUAAUUGUGAUGGGCUCAUCGCUUAAAGUCCGUCCAGUGGCUUCGAUUCCUCAAUUGAUGGAGCGUCGAGUGCCUCAGAUCUUAAUCAACCGUGAGCCGUUGGCGCACAUUGACCCAUUCGAUGUACAGCUACUUGGCGACUGUGACGUGGUUAUUCGGGAACUGUGCUCGCGUCUUGAUGGAUGGCAACACGAGGAAUGGCUAGAUCGGGGUAGACCUGCAUCGGAACCGAUUCAUCCUUACUCUGUAGCCGAGCUAUCCCCAGGGGAGCAGGUACCCAAAGACCAGCCCUUCUUCUACCGAGUAGCAGACAACACAUACGCCUUUUCUGGUGCCGAACUUCAGUCAGCAUCAUGCUCGAGUGACGAUGAUGAGGAAGAGGACAGCGAAUGCCGCGAUUCAGAGCUCAUUGAAUCCCUCGUAGACUCUCUUGUCAACCAAGUGGCUGGCGAGAACUUCAAUCUCGACGAGGAUGAAGUGACAAAUGAUCAAGAUCAACAACAGCAAAUAGAAUCACCCCUCGGACUUCUUCAAGACCUAAAUGGUGAUGACUCCAACGACGUUCGGCGUACCCAAUUCGAUCCGCUUGAUGAUGAGUGGGAAACCAACUAACUUAAUGAGGCAAAAAGGAAGCCUUUUGCUAGACGCUCAAGUAGGAUUGAUAACACCGGCUCCUCUCCAGCAACUAUCCCUAAUGGAAAUAUAUGAGACGGCUUAGCUGAAAGGAUGUUCGGUCGACGUUAUUGACACCGAAUGAAAUCGUGAAAGAUUUCAUGCGUCAGAACUGAAUUUAACUUCGCUGCUAAAAGAAGGAAUGAUCAGAAGAAAGCAGACAAAUGGAACAUGAAAAAGGAAACACAUAACAAAGAACACAACAGGAGCACAGGGAGACACGGAACUGCUGCAAUUUAAAAGGAGCGACUUUGUCGAAAAAAGAUCUGUGUAAAGAAAGCUACCUUUAGCUAGUAGGUCUACUAAUCGCUUUUGUUGCGAACUGCAGGCGGCCGACAGCGGAUAUUAAAUCGACAAAGCAGUGACCGUACUGCAUUGUCCUAGUUGUGCCAUGUACCCUAACGUGUAGCGUCAUGUAAUCAACAGAUGGACAACCACCUUUCUGUUCCCUACGUAUACAGCACAUAUGUUGCAGGGAACGUCGUCCUUUAUGUGACAGGAUCGGCUACCUAGCAGAUACGUGUCCAUCUACAAACAGAAACCAGAGAGCGAAGGUGUGGCGUUUAUCAAACCGUCGUAUGUAAUUAUCAUGAUAUGAUAAAAUACCAUCAGCAUCAACUGAAUCACAAAACAACAUAUUGCAAAUGAGCUGUCAGAUACGUAGCAGCCAGAGUGUUCGAUUUCUGUCAGUCAUUAAUGCUAUAGUGUAAUGAUUAUACUUAUUUCCGUGGUUUCGAAGCAAACACACAAUGCGCUGCGGGUGGUACUAAACAAUGAAACAUGCUGUAGGAAACAAAGAAUCUGUAUAUUAUAAAUUUGUGUGUUCGCAUCAAAAAACAGUGGUACUUGAAAUACGUUUCCUAUGUGAACAAGCGAAUUGAUGUUAAGACGACGACAGUGGUGGAAUUCUGGUAGCAGAAGCGAACGUAGAGACGAAAAAACUGCCUAAGAAAUUUUGGCGGCAACAGAAAAAAACAAAUCUAAACACACCCUCAUGAAUAUGAUUAUAAAAUCAUCAGACAUGUACGGUAGUCCAUAUCUACCAUAUAUAUAUAUAUAUAUAUAUAUAUAUAUAUAUAUAUAUACACAUACUAUUAUACAAGGAUCUAUAAUAUUAUUAUCAUUGUUAUUGUAUUCUAUUUACUAGGGUUAUUAUUACUCUAGUAAUAAGCAUGACUAUUAUUAUAUAUCUACGGGAUGCGAUAGACUAAGAAUAGUAAUAAUAAUAUUAAUGCCUAGAUUAGCAUGAUAUUGAGGGUGAAGGUGAUAGUGAAGUGCAGAAGAGGCUAGAAAAAGAAGCAAAUAAUAAUGAUAAUAGUUCGAUAACGUGUGUGUGAAAAUGCUUUGUUGAAGUCCUAAGCUGAUCCUUUGCUGCUUGAGUACCACCAUACCAGAACAUCAUCUAACAAUAUGACCGCUAAGAAUAAUAUAAAUAAUGAUAAUAUAAUAAUUCCUAUAACCAUCUUCUGAUAUGGCUAUAAUAAUAAUGAUGUUGUACGAUAAGCACACCACAAUUAUUGCUACAAGUAUAGUAUAUCGCUACUACUAUUGUUACUAUUUACCUCUAUUAUAUAUCUCCCUAUUUAUACCAGCAACGAACAACAACUGCGCUUAAAAUAACAACUAGGCGUCCCCUUCGAUGAUAAUAAUAACGAUGACGGCUACAAUAACAAUCUAAGGAAGAAUGAAACUAAUAACAUAAAGAUCAUAAUAGUAGUGUCCGCAUAUGCGUAACGUAGACAAAUACACGACUUAAGUGUAUCAUCGCCUAUAGGAAUGUGCUGCGAAAGGAUGUAGCAAUAAACCUGACAACAGCCUACGCGACAUAUGUGCGAUGAUGUAACUCUGGAUUGAGUCUAACCAACUAGAAGCAACAACAACAACAACAACAUUGUUAGGAUACAGCCUAAUUGGGUUUGUAAGAGCCGCGGUAACUCGCUAACGUUGGGCAAGUGACCCGUCGAGGGGUGUAAAUGGAUCAGUUACUAUACUUUUGAUAGCCAGAAAACAAUUGAUCUUUCGGCUUCAUAUUUUAUUAUUUGGCUUAAAAUAAUGUUAGGCGUCGAUAAUCGAUAAGAUAGAACUGUGGGACGAUCCAGCGGUCAGUCUCGAUAAAGUUACUUUGCACGAGAAGUUACGACAGACAGAACAAGGGAGGGGUGCAAGCUUUGCAGUUUGUGUUGCAGGAAAUAAUAAACUGAUAAAAAAAAGAGGGGAUGGGCAAAACUAAAAAAGGUGAAGAAGAAAGAGCUGCAACAAGUGUCCACACGCACAUGUACUUACAUGUACACCGACCGACUAUCAUUCACAAGAGUUCAUACGUACGGAGAAGUGUAGAAAAGAAAUUAAGUAGUGGAAAGAUAAUAGCUGAAUGAAGAAAAGUGGAACAGUUGCACACGAUUAUGAGAAUUAUAAUAGAAAUAACACUAACGAGAAUUAGUAACGGUAACUGUAAAUCUUCGAAGUCGAUGACUUUAUGUAUUGGUAAAGCUUGAAAAUGGAAGCAGGGAGAUAAAUGAAUAGGUGGAACCCCGAUAGUUAUGGCGAUAGGGGAGUAAAGAACAGGAGAGCGGAUAUCGUUACUGCUUGUGGCAAUAAUAAUAACAACAGUAAUACUACUAUUAAUAAUAAUAAUGAUGGCAUGAGUAUAAAGUAAUUAUAUUUGGUUACCCUUGAAAUCGGUACAAAUGUAAUGUAAAUAUGUGUAUAAUAGCGUGAUAAACAAAACAAAUAGAUACAUUACGUGAAAAGCAGACAGCACAUUACAAUAAUUAUUAUUGCUUACAGUAAUGUCGAGACAGUUACGUUACAUGCCGAGACGAUACAACAUUAUAGUAACACUGUGGUGACUACGAUAACAACCAGGCGACGACGGAAAUAAAACAAGCGAGUCCCGCGAGAUGAGGUAAUGGAAAUGAAGGCAAAAUACGAAGAUAAUGUGGAAAAAAUGAGAAGAAUGAUCACGGUAUAAUGAUUUCAUGAUUAAACCAUAGAAAAGCUAGUGGCUAUGAUUUCGGCUAUGAUGACAAGAAAAAAAGUCCAAAAACUGAAUGACUCACCAUAUGAAAGCAGAAUUGAAUAAAUCAAGAGUGAAAGAAACUGCGAGAAAGCGAGCAGAAGAGAUAAUAGCUGGAACAGAAGAAAAGAUGAUCUCUGGGUUUUGAUAUGCUGUUGAUAAUUGUAAGAUAAUGAUUGAUAAUAAUGAUAUAUUGAUAUUAUUAAUUAUAAUAUUAAUAAAUAGCCUAGAUAUUAGAAUGAACGAGCAGCAUGAUGAGCGAAAAAAAUUUUUGCGGCUCCUAGGCCUCAGCUAGUAAACCUUCAAGGUCUAGAAUGGGUAGAUCAACCGUACGACAACGGUUGUCUUCUUUCACUUUGUUGGUCAACUGGCAGUCACCUAAAGGGACAAAGAUAGCUCCAGCGAUGAGCUAAAAAUAGAAGGGCGUCGAUAAUGAACUAUGUUUGCACAACAUAUAAUCGGGUAAUUAUUACGAAAAAACAGAGGAAACGGCAUGAAUAACACUCAUAGUAUUACCCAUUGGCUCUUGGAAAUAGAUGACAAACAAGACAUGUCACUUUGUAGUGUCACCGUAUAUAAUAAUAUUGUAAUCAUUAUUAUGAGAAUGUCAUGUGACGUUAAGAAUAAUAAUGCGUUAUAGAGAAGGUCGGCAUCAGUCUUAAUCUGAACAGAUGUCAGGUAAAACGGGCAUCUGCAAAAUCAUGCUAAGGUAAUGAAAAAUAACAAUGACAAUAAUUGCAAAAAAAAAGAAGAAAAAAUGUAAAAGCGACAAAAAAGCGGUUUGCAGACACAUCAGACACACCAAUGCAUGCAAAACACAUGGAACACAAAACAGAAACAACAAAAAAAAUUGACACUACUUCAGGAUGACUGUAAUAACAAUAACAAUCAUAAUGAGAACAUCGGGUGUGGUUUGAAUGAGAACAGCGAAAAAAAGCUAAAACAGAGCGAAUGAGCGAGAAAACGAAGUAACACGAAAGCUUGACCCUAAGAGUGACUGGGUAUGUGAGGAUGACGAUGGUGGGAUCUUUGAUGGGAUCUAAUCGUACGAAAAAACGAAGCCAGGCUCCUUAAGAAUAAAUGGAAAUGAAGUGCAGGAUGAUGUUAUCGAUGAGCGCCGAGUGGGUCAGGGUGUACAGUAUUUCGAAUAAAAGCUAGCUGAAAUGUAAGGUGGGAAACACGUCUGUCAUCAGACAACUGGAUAUAUAUAUAUACAUACACAUAUAUAUAUAUUCAUUAU